GAGGACAGGACCUAAGUCUUCUCUCUCACAGGAUCAGAGGUUGUAGCAAUGGAACUGGUCUCAGCAUCAGUCGGCAAGUUUACAGUUGAUCUUUUCAACAAGCUGAAUGAGACCAGCAAGUGCAAAAACAUUUUCUUUUCCCCUUGGAGCAUAUCAGCUGCUCUGGCUCUGACAUACCUGGGUGCAAAAGGCAAUACAGCAAUUGAGAUGGCAGAGGUUCUUCAUUUCACUCAAGCAGUGGGAGCUGAAGGCUCUUCUUCUGUGGCCAGACCUUCUCGGGGGAGACCAAAGAGAAGAAAAAUGGAUCCUGAGCACAAGCAAGCUGAAGAUAUCCAUUCUGGCUUCAAAGAGCUCCUGGCUGCCAUCAACAAACCCAGAAGCAGCUACUCGCUGAAGAGUGCCAACCGUGUUUAUGUGGAAAAAAACUUCCCCUUAGUGCCUCUAUACAUACAGCUCAGUAAGAACUACUACAAAGCAGAGCCACACAAGAUGAACUUUAAGACAGCGCCAGAACAAUCCAGAAAGGAAAUCAACACUUGGGUUGAAAAACAAACUGAGGGCAAAAUCAAAAAUUUGCUGAGUUCACAAGACGUGGUAAGCUCCACCAAGCUGAUCCUGGUAAAUGCUAUUUACUUCAAGGCAGAAUGGGAAGUGAAGUUUCAGGCAGCAAAUACAGAUGUGCAACCCUUCCGACUGAGCAAGAACAAGACCAAGCCUGUGAAGAUGAUGUACAUGAGAAAUACAUUUCCAGUUCUCAUCAUGGCAUCGAUGAAUUUCAAAAUGAUUGAGCUGCCGUACGUGAAACGCGAACUCAGUAUGUUCAUCCUCCUUCCCGAUGACAUCAAAGACAGUACUACGGGUCUUGAACAGCUGGAAAGAGAACUGACGUAUGAGAAGCUCUCCGAAUGGACUGAUUCCAAGAAGAUGACCGAAACUGUUGUGGACCUGUACCUACCUAAGUUCACGAUGGAUGAGAAAUAUGACCUCAGCGAUAAUCUGAACAGCAUGGGAAUGCACACUGCCUUCAGCCCCAGCGCUGAUUUCAGUGGAAUGGCUGCGAAGACUAACCUGAUGAUCUCCAAGGUUUGUCACAUGUCUUUUGUUGCAGUUGAUGAGAAAGGCACCGAGGCAGCUGCUGCUACUGCCGUAAAUAUGAUAGUAACAAGUGUGUACGUUGGCCAAGUUCUGAAAUUUAAGGUUGACCACCCUUUCUACUUCUUCAUCAGACACAACAUAUCCAAGAGCAUCCUCUUUUUUGGCAGAUUCUGCUCUCCCCUAGAAUGA